AAAUUCACAAAUUAUCCAAACCAAUAUGCAAGCAAUUUAAAGAAAAAAGAAAGAAACAAAAACCGUUGUUACGUACCCGCCAAAUUCUAAAACUAAACUAACUAACAGAUUCACUACUAUCUUUCUCUCUCAUCGCCCUCCAUCUCUUACACUUUACAUUUCCACUCGAUAACAGAACCGCCAUAACCACCAUGUUUAACACCUUCAUCUCUCUCACUUUCUCUCUCUACAUUCUCCUCUCCCUCCUCCCAACAACCACCUUCUCCCUCCCUUCCAUCGGCGCCACCUACUCCACUUUCCCCACAAACCGUCAAGAACCACCACCACGACCACCUCCACCUCCCUCCUCACCACCGCCGCCAUCACAACCAGACCGCAUCUCCACCGCCAUGGAAAAACUCAAACUCGACUCCCUCCGACUCGAUGAGCCCGACCCUUCCAUCAUCCGAAGCCUCCUCUACACCAACGUCUCCCUCUUCCUCACCGUCCCAAACUACAUGGUUACACCAAUGGCGAACAACCGCUCCGUCGCACGUGCCUGGAUUUACACUCACGUGCUACCGUUCUACCCGCGCGCCAAAAUCACUACAAUCUCAGUAGGUAACGCUUUCAUCGACGUGUACCCGGAAGCCGCCAACAAUCUUCUCCCUGCAAUCUCCAACGUACACGUGUCACUCCGCGAUCUUGGAAUCCGUAAGAUCUCCGUUUCGACUUCGUUUUCUUUCGUAACCACCGUUACUUCUCCGUUUCCACCGUCUUCCGCAACUUUUCAAGAACCUACCGGCGUUAACCUAAUGGGACCGUUGCUUCAGUUCUUGAGCGACACGAAUUCUUCGUUCUUGAUUAAUCUCUACCCUUACAAUCUUUACCGGUUAAGAUCGGAGAUUCCUCUCGGAAUGGCGCUUUUUCAAGAUUAUCCGUUUAACUUCCGUGACGACUUCACAACCGGAGUUCGUUACCGGAAUCUCUUCGAUAUCAUGGUUGACGCUGUUGUCAGUGCAAUGGCGCUUGCAGGUUACGAAACUAUUCCGGUAAUUGUCACUGAGACGGGAUGGCCUAGCACCGGGAAUGAACUCGAUGCGAAUCCAGGAUAUGCUGAAGUUUAUCUGAGGGGAUUGGUGAAGCAUUUGAAGUCCGGUGCCGGAACACCGUUGCUGAGAGACGGAGUGCAAGGGGUUUAUAUUUACGAGCUUUUUGAUAAGGAAGGAGCGGGAAGAAACUGGGGGCUUUUGUACCCGAAUGGCACUACGAAGUAUGAUGUUGAUUUCUCUGAAGCUUCUUCGCAUUCGAGUUUGGUGAACUGGAUUAACGUCGCUUUUUGGUUGAUCGUCGUUGAGGUUUGCAUGGUUAUUGUUCAUUAGUGUUAAUUUUUCGUAUGAA